AUGAUUGGACCGAGCGACUUCCUCGCUAUAAAACUCACUGGGGCCGGCCCCAUUGCUGUCGAUGCAAUCGCGGAACGCCGGGAUAUCCCUCCUGCGGUAGGCCAAGCGCUCGAUGAAAUAUGUGAAGCCGUUGAAGCGCAAGGAUCGCGACUAUGGAUGGAUGCCGAGCAACAAGUUCUCCAGCCGGGGAUUGACAGGUGGACUACCCAGCUGAUGCGGAAAUACAACCGUAACGGAAAGAUUUUCAUAUAUAACACCAUACAAGCAUACUUGAAAGGGGCGAAGACCAACCUAGAUGAGCACAUUGCCUUGGCUGGGAAUGAGGGAUGGGGCCUAGGAAUCAAACUGGUGCGAGGCGCUUAUAUCGAACACGAGAUACGAUCGCUCAUCCACGAUAAAAAGGAACAGACGGACACAUCCUACGAUUUAUGCGUGGACACAAUUCUAUCGCGUAAAGUACCGGAAGGUUCGGAUCUUGAGCGGUUUCCAGAUGCUGCCUUGUUCCUCGCCACGCACAACGCUCCCAGUGCCAACAAAGCACUUUCAAUCCAGCGAGAAAGAGUGAUGGCUGGGCUGCCAACAGUGGCACUUGAUUGCGGCCAGCUUGUCGGAAUGGCCGAUGAGCUGAGUUUUGAGCUCAUACAGGCACAUGAAGAUAGUGCGAGCAACUCACCCUCCGCGAAAGCAGCAGCACCGAGGGUGUAUAAGUGUAUGGCAUGGGGUACGGUAGGCGAAUGCAUGGGGUUUCUGUACCGCCGUGCCAUAGAAAAUCGAGGGGCCGUAUUGCGUACUAAGCACAUGGCUCAGGCAUUACGCCACGAGUUGCGCCGGCGGCUGUCACUGUGA